AUGUGUGGUGGACUGGGAACAUGGUCAGUGUCCGGUGUCCACUCAUCUGGGAUUAGCCCAACAGACUGCAGUACCAGCCGUGGCCACAAGAUGGAGUCAACACCCACUGCGUGUGAAGAGUUCCUGAACCAAAGACCAUCCCUGUAUAGGGGUACAGCACAGAUGAUGGAGGUUCCCCAUUCCUCACUGGGACAUGAAGUGUUCUGCUGA